AUGACAUCCUCCUACAAGACGAAAGAAAUUGUUUCAAGUACAGCCGAUACAGAGCAGGAGCAGAGCAAAUCGCGCGGUGCGAUUGCUGGGUGGUGCCAGGCCGGCAGGGCAGCCGGCGGUGGCAGAGGCCAUGCGCACCCGCCGGCGCGUUCAAAAGGAGAGAGGGAGAAGAGAGAGAGAGAGGCUGGAGGAGGGAUUUUCGGGAGGGACCACAGGGUUCGACAGCGAGAGAGAGAGACCAAGAGAGAAAUCGGCAGAGGGAGCGAGAAACAAAGAGUCAGUGAGGCCAAGAUUGAGAGGCUUCUUCCAGUAGCCAUCGCGCCCGGAGCGCGGCCGACGAACCUCGCCGACGCGUUCCUUUCCCCACGGGUCCGAAUCUGUCACGAAACUCCUCCAAAUGAAGGCCAACAAAGCAGUUUAAAGCCUGCGAAAAUGGGGUGUCAUCGAGCUUCACUUCGUUAUUUUCUCAUUCUGCAGCAACUCGAGUUCGCAAUUUGGAAAUGAGAAAUAAAAAAAUACUUCAGAAAGAGCGAUCCAGCAAAGGGAGGGAGAGGGAGAGGAAGAGAGAGCGAGCGUCCAACUAGAGACUGAAACGGCGGCGUUUGUAUGGGGAAAGACGAAUUAUCUUGAAUUUUGGA